AUGAAAUGUGCAAGGACAUCAUCGGCCACCUCAACGACAAUCACCGAUUGCGUGCCAGCGUGGCCCAAGAGCUUGCACCAUGUCUGGCAUAGUCACCUUUACAAGUGCGAACGUUGCCAACUUGGUCGACAAUCACCUCCUGGCUUGGAACACAGCCUCAUUCCAGGAGAAUGCCGCCAUGCUGUUUACCCAACUGCUGACGGCAAACGACCGAGGAAAAAUCCUGGCACGUCAGCCAAUCCAGUAGCUGACUGGAAGAAAGAAGCAAAGAAAUCACCUAUGGAAGAUGUGAAGCUGGAGUUCCCAAAGCCAAUGGCAAUGAGUGCCGAGUCAAGGGUGUACUGGAAAGCGGUUUUGCUUCAAGUGAUACAAGAAGCCCUGGCCAUUUUCAGUGAAGCCACCGACAUCGGCAAGGACUAUCAACACUGGGUCUUGGAUCAGACUCUACUUGCCAUCAUUCGUGAUUUGACCAGCAAAGUCAUGUACUUGAAGGGCGUCAAAGUUUGCCUUCGUCCAACCACCAUGGCUGCGCCAGAACCGCAACUUUCAACACAUACUGCACCUUUGAGGGUUCAGAUUCACGGCACUGUCAAGCAUUGGAUCAUGGAUGAGCUUCAAGAUCUGACCACAUGUAGCAAGCGUCAGAUUGAGCAGCCUGUCAGCAUUGAUGCCUGGCAAAUCACUUUGUUUGGAAAAGAACUUGGAGAAGGAGGAGUUCAUGCAGACUCAGUGGCCAAGUCAGCUCCAAGAACUCCGAAUCCUUCAACAGUACCAAAAACGCCAAAUCCUUUGACAUCAUCACCAUCGACUCCUGCGUUGCCUUCACAGUCAUCACAACCUGCACGUGCCUCAGCACCAUCAACACCGCCUCCAGCGGUUACAUCAGUCUUCAGUGAUGAUGAAGACGAUCAACAACCACAACAUCAACCAGCACAAGCACAAGUGUCAGUUGAGGAGCCCCCGAAUGACCCUAGCAAUGCUGCAGGAAAUGUUGCCGAUGAACAAGAGCGACCGUAUGAGGAUGAAGCCAUCGAGCAGUUCAAACCACGCAACAUUGUGGCAACAAAGCCCUUGUAUGACUUCAAGAAAGUCUUCCAGCGACUUCCUCAGUUAGCCAAGGAGAAGCCACAGACUGCAGCAAGACUCCUUUUGGGUCUCCAUGAAAAAUACUGGCAUGCUCCACCCAGCGAUUUGAAGAAUCUCUUGGCAAGAGUUGGCAUGCCAGUGGAGGUCCUCAACUUGGUCAGUGAUGCAGUGAUGAAGUGUCAAAUAUGCCGGCGGUAUGUGCGACUGCCAAAUCGGCCACAGCACAAGAUCCACAAUGCCGGCACCUUCAACCAAUGCAUUCAAGGAGAUCUUUUCAAACUCUUUGGCACCUGGAUCUUCAUCCUGGUCGAUGAGGCGACUCGCUACAAGGUGGCAGUCACAACCAAUGGACGAGAAGGCCAAGAGCUGCAACAGAAGCUUCUGGAACAUUGGAUGCGUUUUUUUGGACCACCAGGCUCCAUCAUCAUGGACCAGGAGUCGAGCCUCAUGAGCCACGACAUGGCUGCCGAGUUUGAAAGACUGAACAUUGAAAGGAAGCCGAAAGGCACGACUGCUGGUUCUGCUGGUGCUCAACAUACCAGCACAGGCUUGGUUGAAAGACACACAGGUUUGAUGAAACUGACCAUGCUCAAGCUGAAAGCAGAACUUGAUCGUCAAGGCAUUGUUGCCGAAACCUCUGAGAUUGCGAUGGAAUCAGCUAUGGCCCACAACUGCACUUUGAACUACGGAGGUGUGACACCAGCAAUGGCUGUCUUUGGGGUGCUUCCUCGUGGUUUUUACAAUGACGAGUCUCCUGGCGUUUUGGCUUCAGCAGGAGCCCUUCAAACUGAUUUGACCACGUUUGAGAAAGCCCUCAGGAUCAGACAGAUGCCAUUGUUGAAGACCGAACAGCACGUGCCCAUCGCACCAGAGCACAUCGCCUUGACACCACUGCCCUGGUUCCAAGUUGAGUUCUACCGUGAAGUUCAGGGUGACGUUGGAUGGCGUGGUCCAGCACUUCUUUUGAGAUUAGACCCUGACGAGGGCAUCGCCAUCAUUCAGUACCAGGGCCGACCAUAUCUUGUGGCAAUCAGACACAUUCGUCCUCACGUCCAAACCUACCUCAACAACAACGAUGGUUUGAAGUUGAAUGACAAGGCGGAGGACGAACUGUUUGAUUUGAUGAAGAUGUCUGAAGGAGUGCCACCAUACAACAAGCGUUUUUUGGGCCAUUUGCCUGAGCAUAAGGUCCAUGGCGUUGUUUGGCGUCAAGUUCCUGGUGACGGCCAUUUUGACACCAACAUGUAUCAGAAACUACACACCAUUUCUCUGUCUCUCACCAGCAGAUCAGUUUCUGGCAUGAUUUAUGGCCGUUCCAUGAAAUUCAUCAAGCCACCACGGAAUACCACUGGAUAUUUGAUCACCUGGAAUCUUGGUAGUGUCAAGUACCACAUCCAGGAACACUGGUCAGCAGAUCCCAUCAAAAUGAAGAAGGUUGCAGCGACCAAGCAGGAUGACAUCUGUGCCAUUUACCUGUUUUACCACGUCACCAAUCAAGAAGAAGCAACGUCCAUUGAAUGGAAGAAGAGCAAGCCAAUGGAGACAGAACAGUCUCAUGUUCCUCAACCAGAUCACUCUCCAGGACAUAGCGAUGGUGGAGAGAUGGACGUGGAAAAACAUGGUGUCAAACGUGACGGCAUGGAAUCACGCACAGUGACGAUGGCCUCAGAGAAGAAGAAACCUAGAACUGAAUAUUGGUCAUCACACUCUGUGUGCUACAAUGCUUCCUCGCUGCACUACCUGAUGGAGAGACGUCAGCACAUCAAACUUGGAGUACCAGACAGCUGGACUGGCACACAGCUCUGGGCAGAAAAUGAUCUGACCAAUCGACUUUUCUUUGACCAAGAACAACAUCAACGGCAAUGCUGUGCCCAUCAAAACUCAGCUUUCCUUUUUCACAUUGGUGCUAGUCAAGAUUCAAUUCUCCAUGUGGAUCUACGCACCUCUGAUGUUUGGAGAGUUGACACAGAGCAUGACGAUAUCUCCGAACAAGAUGUCUUCAGCAUCUGGCCACAAGUGGAAGAAGCUGACCGACAUGAAGUGUCUCAAUUUGUCCAAGAAGGUGCAUUUCGCAAACUUCAUCGAGAUGCCUUCACUGAUGACAUGGUCAUCAUAGAUGCUCGGUGGGUGCGGAAGUACAAGAAAACGAACGAUGGAAAGAAGAAGGUCAAAAGCAGAUUGUGCGCAAGAGGGUGUUUGGACAAGCAGAAGGACAUGCUGACAACGAGAAGCACAACAGCAACACGCUUGAGUCAACGCCUGCUCUUGAGCACAGCAGCUGUUUUUGAUUUCCAGGUUGAAAGCUGGGACAUUGCCGGCGCUUUUUUGAAGGGCCUGAAUUUCAAUGAGAUUCGUCGCAUGUUGCGCAAGAUGGGAGUGAACAGCCCAGUUCGUCAAGUGGUGCUUUUACCUCCUCCAAAUGUAUGGCGCCACCUUGCGUCACUAUGCCCUGACUUUGCUGUGCGAGAUCCUUCUCAAUGGGGAUUACUAUGUUUGAAACCUGUUUACGGCCUCAAUGAUGCUCCUCUUGCAUGGCAAUUGUGCCUCAGGGAGUACCUGACCGAAAUCCAGGGAGUUUCGAGCGUCCUCGACGAGAACAGUUGGAGGUGGAAAGGACCAGACAACUCUAUUGCUGCAGUUUGCACAUGCCAUGUGGAUGACAUUGCGCUGGCAGCUCCACAAUCUUGGCUGGAUGAGCAUUACGAAGCUUUUGUUCGGAAGUUCAAGAAAGUGAGCCGUCAGCGUCUUCCUUUUGAACACUGUGGCGCAAAGUAUGAGCGCAUUCCAGAUGGAUACCGAAUGAUUCAGAACGACUUUUGCGCCAAGAUGGUUCCUGCCAAGAUCUCCAGUGACAGAAAAGACAGUGACAGACUCAGUGCCGAAGAAACUACAAGCUAUCGAUCCAUUCUGGGUGCCCUCUUGUGGUUGACCGCAACGAGAUUGGAUUUGAUUUCAGAUGUUUCUCAUUUAGCCACUCAUGUCACUUCUGCAGAGAUCAAGCACUUGCGACAGGCAAAUCAAGUUCUCAAGCGAGCCCAGGACAAGGACUUCAUUGAUGUUGGACUUUAUUUUCGAAAACUGGAUCCGAGAAAAGGUUUGCGGUUGGCAUGUUUUCAUGACUCAAGUUCACACACCAAGGAGAAAGCAUACGCACACGAGGGAGUAUUGAUCAUGCUCAUGGAGGAUCAUGUGAAACCUCGAGAUGGUGAAUAUGACAUCACGUGCACAGAUGCGCAAGCACAACUUCAUGGUGGACAUGCACAUGUACUCUGGAGUCAUGGAGCCAAAGCAAAAAGAAUCUCUUACUCGACCAGUCAUGCCGAAACACUAGCAUCAAUCUCUGGACAUGAAGCAGCAGUUUUAGUGAGUGUCCGCAUUAGCGAGAUGCUUCAUCAAAGUCGGCAGCCAGCGUUGCAACAACUGGCAGCCAUUCAAGAAGCAGGAAACCCACAACUUGCGAUUGAUGACUAUGGUGACUGCAAUGAUGUUUUCCAACUUGUGACAGGAUGCAAGACUUUGCCGCAGGAUAAGUCGCAGCGCAUCUAUGUGCUGAGCCUCAGAGAGUCCAGACUUGCAGGUCGCAUUCGUUGGAUGAUUUUGACACCAACUCGCUCAAUGGCAGCUGAUGCACUUACGAAACCAAUGCUUUCCAAACAAAUGAUGAUGAUUUUGACUUCUGGCGUUUUAGAGAUGCAAAACAAAGAAACACAUCACAUUCAGAUGAAACGUCUUCCUCCAAAGUAUGAAAUCGAAGAGCAGGACCUUGAAACAGAAGAUCCUGUUCUAAUUCAAAAGUAUGAGAAAGAGAAGAUGAAUCCUGGAAAUUUGUGGUGGACACCGAUGUUUGCAGCUUUCAAACGUGGAAUGUUUCCUUUCGCAGCCCUUUUGGUUUUGAGUAGCCUUCCUGGAGCAUAUGCAGCAGACGACAUGGUGAAUCAUGGGUCAUUAGACAACACGUUGUUCUAUGCCCUUGCGUUUUUCACUGUUGCCAUUUUGGUUUUUGAACGUUUUGCGAUGCAGCUCGGAAGCAGAUUCCUAGCAUGGGCUCAAGUCACUAUCUCACGGCAGAGCUCUUUGUCCUCAGCUUCGCCUAUAGCCCGAUCAAACCAGAGCUCUAUGGCAAGCGCGCGCUCUAGCAUGGCAUUAGCUUCACCAACCAUGGAAUCGAAAACAGUUCAGACCACAGAGCACAAGACCAAUCGCUUGUGGAAUGAACAUGAGAUGUCUCAGCCGAGUUCAUCUACCAGUUUUGAGCUCCGCUACCAACAAGUUGAACAAGCACUGAAGGAAAAGGAUCGUGAACUCACGAAAGCCAUGGAUGAGAUCACCAAGAUGAAACAGACGAUCCAAAAGAACACAACCAGUUAUAUGCAGCGAAUCAAAGAUAUGCAGAAACAAAAUGAUGUGCUCCGUAACCAGCUGGGAAUGGCGAACGCACCAAAGCUGGAUAGUGAGCAUGUUCCUGAGCAGCUUUUCUAUACGCCUCAUGGUGAAUGUUUCCACGUGCAAAGUUGUCCCGCACUUUGCAAUACCACGGGGCGGCCUUUCAAAUUGGCCAAGUGUAAAAGAUGUUUUUGA